GGCUAGUAUGAUUAGUUGCGCGAUGUCAAUUCUUUAAGACGAUGUAAUUUACUGUCAGCCAUCAAAAUCCGGCACUAACAUACUAAAUCCAGAGGUUCUGAGGGGUGAGCAGAAAUCCGCUUGCCCCACAAACUCGUAAAUUAGAAAUUGGAUAUUGAGGAUUUAGUGGGAUUUUAACUGGCCAAGGUCAUCAAGCUGUACGUCGGCAUAUCCCGUUUGGCCCCGGUUAGUUCUGCUAGUGAGAGGGUAAUUGUGUUAAAUUUGGAGAGUGCAGAGGAUGAACAAUAAAGCAAAUAUCCAAAUUAUAUCUGUUGAUGGCAGCAAGUUGGAGGGAGGUGGGCAGAUUCUGCGUAGUGCUGUAGCAAUAUCAGCGAUAACAGGAAGACCCGUAGAAGUAUGUAACAUAAGAGCUGGUCGGAGCAAUCCAGGCUUAAGCAACCAACAUUUGGCUGCUUUGGAGAUUUCAGCGAAGGUUUGUUCAGGUAGCCUGACGUCUUGUGCGCUUGGAUCAACGAAAAUAGCCUUGACUCCCGGUCAGAUUACUCCAGGCAGUUACGAAGCUGAUGCAAAGACAGCAGGAUCAGUGUCGCUGAUGCUUCAGGCUGUUGGACCUAUCUUGGCUUUCGCGUCUGGCCCGAGCGAAGUUAUAUUACGUGGUGGUACUGAUGCUUCCUUCGCACCUCCGAUUGACUUUAUGAAUAAGGUGACGUCGAAUUACUUCAAGCGAUUGGGAUUGAAUUAUGAACUGCAAGUCAUUAGAAGGGGAUUUUAUCCACAAGGUGGUGGUAUUGUGAAGGUUUUGAUUUCACCUGUACAAGGAUCACUUACUGCUAUAUCACUGUUGGAACUGGGAAGUGUACAGUCAAUAUCUGGAUAUUCGUUUGUAGCAGGAAAAGUUCCUGAGAGGGUUGCCCACGAAAUGAAAACCGAAGCAUCUCGUUGUAUUGGAAGGCUGUUUCCCAAGUGUUCUGUGGAUAUUCAUUCCUUUCGGGAAAGUGAUGAUCGUUGCCAGGGCAAUGUUGCUACAUUUAUGUAUAUGUUGCAUACUUCAACGGAUUGUAUUUUGGCUGUCUCUGGAAUUUCUGCUCCUCGAGGUCCAUCUCACAAGCAGUUAGUAUCUGAAGCUUUCGAAUCAUUGUAUAAAUACGUGGAGAUUGGAGCGUGUUGUGAUGAACAUAUUCAGGAUCAGGUACGACAAGCAGAUAGGCAGAUUAGUUCAGGCGCAGACAGAGCAAGGUGAAAACGUCUUCAUUCAAUUCCCUACAGUUAUAACAAAUUGGCGACGGGGUUUUACCUUAAUUCAUUGCAGUUAUAGCAAGCAAACGACGACAGUUUUUAUUCUGUUCAGCGCAGCUAUAUAACAUUUUUGACUGUGUUAAUUACAACCCAAUUACAAUGUCUAUCUCUCUGGACGAUCUCAAAUCUAUCUUGCAGCAGCAGCAGUUCAGAAUGAAGCAGCUCAACUAAAAUUAAUCGAAGCUCUCACUCAGAAGCUGUCCAUUCAAGUUCCAUCAACAUCUCAUUCUGACAAAUAUGAAAGCAUCUCAAAUUCCAUCAGUGAGUUCAACUACGACCCAAUAUCUGGUCUCGUAUUUGAUGCAUGGUUCAAUCGUUACGAAGACGUCUUCCGUAUUGAAUGCUACAUGUUUGAUGAUGCUGCCAAAGUCCGAUUGUUACUAAGAAAACUUGGUACUGUUGAGCACAACAGAUAUGUUAACUUCAUUCUGCCUAAGAACCCACGUGAGUUAUCAUUCGAUGAGACAGUCACCGUUUUAUCACAAAUCUUUGGUGAACAGUCAUCCAUGUUUAAUAUUCGGUAUCAAUGUUUUCAGUUGACAAAAAUGCCUUCCGAUGAUUAUGUCACUUACGCUGGCAAAGUGAACAAGGAAUGUGAAAGGUUCAAACCACACGAAAUGACAUCAGAUCAGUUCAAGUGUUUGAUUUUUAUUUGUGGGUUGAAGAACCCAGAAGAUACUGACAUACGAACUCGACUUCUGUCACUCGUGGAACAAGACCCGAAAAUGACUUUA